CUCUGUACAUUGCUGUGUGUGUGAAUGUGUAGUCAUAAGUCAUAAGUGUUGUAAAUGUAAUGUUGAGCCGCCGCUAGAAACGUCCCUAGCAGAUCGUUCCACGGCAGAUCCUUGUAAAUACGCAUUAUUUUUAAGUUAUAGAUAUAUAGUAUAUGUGAUACAUCAAGUGUAAACCGUUCACCAAAGUUAUAAUUCACAAUGGAUAGUGCAGAUGUUUUACAUAUAGGAUCUAGUAUCAACAUUAAGAGAACCGAUGGACGUGUUCAUUCUGCAAUCGUAGCACAUAUAAACUACGAUUUGAGGAGUGCGACGGUAGAAUGGUUCGAACAAGGGGAGACCAAGGGGAAGGAAGUCGAUCUAGGGGCAAUCGAGUCGCUGAAUCCGGAUGUUAUGAUCUACAAACCGGAAAUAUCAGCGGAGCCGAUUACGCUUAACCAAACGUCAAAAUUGCAACGGGACUCUUCCGGAUCGUCGGAGGAGGAAAUCAGCGCGCCUAUGGCUCAUUCAGGACGCUACAGCCACAAGCUCGACGAAAGCGACGAUGAGUUCAAUAGCAACCAAUUGUCGCCAGAUACCACGACACUCUCGAACCCGCCUCGACAAUCUAUAAUGACUUCUACUAAUAAUAAACCGACAAAUGGGUCCAUGCGAACUACGAGAUUGCAUAUGUUACAAACCCCGUUCACACUCGACACUGUUCAGCAACAGCAGCAGCAGCAACAGCAGCAACAGCAGCAACAGCAGCAACAGUUGCAACAGCAGCUGCAGCAGCAGCAGCAACAGCAACAGCAGUUGCAGCAGCAACAGGCAGCGGCAAAAGAAAACGUUGCUGCACGGGGUAACAACAUCGCAAUACAGAAUUCAAGGCGGAGCAAUGUUGUGAAAGAAGUGGAAAAGCUAAAAAAGAAUCGCGAAGAGCGGAGGCAACGGCAAGCGGAAGAAAAGGCUGAGAAAGAGGCAUUCUUGCAGAUGGCUCCAGGGAAUCCGUACUGGGAGUUACUUAAUAUGAUUAACGAGUAUCGGAAAGGCUUGGAUAUCAAACCUUUGACCGACGCGGAUCUCGUCGAUGAUCACUUGAUCACAGUCUGCGUGAGGAAACGGCCACUGAACAAGAAGGAGGCCGCCAAGAAAGAGGUGGACGUGAUAACAAUACCAUCGAAGAAUCAGCUAAUCGUGCACGAGCCCAAGAAUAAGGUCGAUCUGACGAAGUAUCUUGAGAAUCAAAUCUUCAGAUUUGAUUACGCUUUCGACGAAAUUUGUACCAACGAGAUCGUCUACAAGUACACUGCACAGCCAUUGAUAAAGACCAUUUUCGACGGCGGAUUCGCCACCUGCUUUGCUUAUGGUCAGACGGGAUCCGGUAAGACCCACACAAUGGGCGGCGAGUUUAUCGGCAAAACUCAGGAUUGCAACAGGGGAAUAUACGCUUUGGCGGCAUCCGAUGUGUUCCGUUUUGCGAACUCGGCGAAGUACCGACAUAUGAACCUCGUUAUAUCCGCCAGCUUCUUCGAGAUCUACUCAGGCAAGGUGUUCGAUCUGCUGAACAAUAAAGUGAAGUUGCGCAUAUUGGAAGACGGGAAGCAACAGGUGCAAGUGGUUGGUCUAACCGAGAAAGUUGUCACCACUACGGAGGAGGUACUGAAGCUUAUUCAAAAGGGCAACCAAGCUAGGACCUCUGGCCAAACCUCCGCCAACUCCAACUCUUCGAGAUCCCACGCAGUUUUCCAAAUUAUUGUCCGGGCAAAUGUGAACUUGCAGAAGAUCCACGGCAAGUUCUCCCUGAUCGAUUUAGCUGGUAACGAAAGAGGAGUUGACACGUCGUCUGCUAAUCGACAAACAAGAAUGGAGGGAGCAGAAAUCAAUAAAUCGCUCUUAGCUUUAAAGGAGUGCAUACGAGCUUUGGGUCGCAAGGGCGCUCAUUUGCCAUUUAGAGUAAGCAAGUUGACACAAGUAUUGAAAGACUCCUUCGUGGGACCAAACUCCCGCACUUGCAUGAUUGCCAUGUUGUCGCCUGGGGUAGCGUCAUGUGAGCACACCCUUAACACUCUUCGCUAUGCCGACAGGGUAAAAGAGUUGGGAGCGGGAGACGUAAUAACGAAUCAAGGCGAGGAAGGGUUCAACGAUAAACAAGGCGACGGAGACCUCUUACAACUUAGAUCAUUAAACGAAAACGAUAUGACUCCGGAAAUGUUAAAUUUCCAUCAGGUGGUGUCUGAAUUACAAGCAGCUGAGGACACGAUGCUGGAUAACCAUAAACAAACAGCAGAAGCUCUCUAUAGUGCCGCAGAGAAGGCGGAGUAUCUUUUAAAAACCGCUGACGAUGUUACGUACGAUCAAGAAGCAUAUUGCAAAUCAUGGGAAGAACUUCUAGACAACUGUUUGGUUACGAUGAGAAGAGCCAAAGAUAUCGUCGCUGAUUACAAGGUUAAAAUGGCUACCGAGGAACAAUUGAGUCGCAAAACAAAACGGAAGUAAAUCAACGUUUGUUAUAAACAAAUUAUGUAUUUAUACACAAAGCCUUAACUUAGUAACCACCGAAGAACUUAUCUUAUCCUAACUGAUGUGUAUUUAAAAAAAGCAUAACAUUUCCGCAAAACUACUGAAUCUAUGUUAUAAAACCGUGUAUGAGUAUAGCUUAUCGAGUUAUCUAUAGAUUGCUCAAAAA